CAAUCAGACUAGAAAGGGGAUAUUAAAAUUUAUCGUCUCUCUCUCGAGUUUUUUUUAUUAUAUUUUUGUCUAUGUUAUGUUACGGUGAAAAAAAAGUGCACCACAAAGUGAUGAUAGUACUUGUUAAAAUCCAAAAAAGCCGGAUUAUUGAAAAACAAACCGAUUAAACUGAAACAAGAAACAGCAAAUGAGAAUUAUCGCGUAGAAUUUAAUCGCGAAAAUACACAGAAAAAUUUUAACGACUGUGAAAAACACAGUAUCGAUUUUCUCAUCAUCCCAUUAUAUGUACUUUUUCGUGUGUACACUCCGUGUGCAGCACUACCUGGAUUUCUGUCUAUAUUUAUAAAUUUUUGCAAAAAGCAAAAAAAAAAAAGAAAAACUAUCAAGUGAACAUCAUCAACGAGCGGGCAAACAGAGGAAGUGUAAUUAAAAAAUGUUUCCUUGUUCCAGCGAUGAUCAUUAAAAAGUGCGUGUAAUUACCGAUGUAGACACAAAUUGCUUAUAGACACUCAAUAAAAGUCUCUUGAAGAACCCAUAAAAAUGUUGUCGUACAUGAUUCCCGUCGAAGAGCAUUCACCAAAUCGUAAUCUAAGUCUCAAUUUGAAUAACAUCACAAAUACCACAAAUAAUGGUAAUAGUGACACAACGACAACGACAAUUAUUACGAUAAAUAAUUUGCACCAAGACGAGCAAGACGAAGAUCUCGUCGACGAAAAUACCAAAUUACUGAGCUAUGAGAAAAAACAGGCGAAUGGUGAUGCAAUAAAGACACAACUGAGUGAUCAGCAGAAGAAUCAAAAGAACAUUUUGAAGAACGCAGUGUCAAAUUGUGAUGAGAAAAAGAAUGGACAUGCAGUAAAAAGUGAUAAUAAUGUUGAGUAUUUGGGAAAUAAGUUGAAAAGCAUGAAGAAAAACAUGGAAGAACAGAAACAACAAGAACAAUCACAAAAGGAACAGAUACAACAGAAAAAAGUCACACUAAAAAGAGUCUCAUUCGGUUCCUCGAAAGGGUCAAUGGUAGAAACAGUGGUCUACGAAACGCCAACUCCCGUUUCCGAGUAUCCCGAACGGUUCAUUGGCUAUCACUCGGGGCAUCCAACUGUGCCAGUUCAUCAAGUAAUCAAUGGAAAUAACCACCACCAACAACUGAACGACACUCCUCCCAAUGCCUCAGCCAGUACAAGCCUUAACGAUAGCGGAAUCGCGGAAAUGCAACAAGAAGAGAUUGAACGUUCGAAAGUACGAGUAAGUUUCUUCGAAAAUAGCAAACCCCAAGUUAUAAGUUCGCCGGAAUUCAAUAGCUUGAUAUUAUACGGAGACACAGUAUUUGGAGAUACAUUUGCCAAUAGUCAGGAAGUGUAUGUUAACGGUGAUUUAGUACAAUAUAGCGGUGCGAGUGAUCUCUUAGGCAGCGACGAAAACUCAAAUAAAAUGGCAACAAUGACAGAAUUACCACCAAACUACGAUAGACAACACAGCACGGAUUCUGGUUGGGAUAACCCUUUCAGACCAGAUGGCGAUUUAUCCAAAGAAGCUGAUGAAAUAGUUAAUUUAAUCAAAGGAGGCAAACCAAUUACCCCAACGUCGGAAAACCACAUGAACGGAAACGGAAAUGCACUAAAGGACAGUGUGAUUACAGAAAAUGGAACAACAGUCGUUGAUGGUGCUGUCAAAUCUGAAUCAAAGCAGCUACAAUCAUCAAAGUCCCCCACAAAGGCAGCAACAAAGAACGGUGAUACACAACAAAUUUCAAAUCAAGUUAUACCGGGUCCACAAUCCGCCACAAAUGUUGUCAUCGACGACAAAAAGAAAAAGAAAAGAUGUUGUGUAAUACAAUAGGGCAGUACUAAUAAUAAUAAAAAUAAAAUUUAUAAGAAUAAAACUAAUAAAAAUGAACAUAUUCAGAAAAAUAAAAACUAUUAUUAUGAUAAGAACAUUUUACAAAUUUUUAUUAUCUUUAUCGUAACUUUCCUUUUAAGAGUCAUUAGAAUUUUAUAAUAUGUUCAAACAAUAGAUUUCCUCUUUUUUUUAUUAAAAUAAUUCACGUAGAAAAACUUUUCUACCAAAAAAAUAACUAAACUUAUUAAAAAACAACGGUAAAGA